UAAUAAUAAUAUGCCAAACAGCAUCAAACACAUUCAGGCCUCUGGCUGCUUCUAUUUCUUGAUUUUAUUUUCUUCCUUCUCAAUAAUUUCUCAUGCUCUUACGGAUGCUGAGGCAUCUUUUAUUGCUCGUCGUCAACUGUUGACACUCCCUAAAGAUGGAAAACUACCGAUUCCUGAGUUCGAGAUAGGACUUGAUAAACAGUUUGAAAACGAUAGGCUAAAGAAGGCGUAUGUGGGGCUUCACGCCUUCAAGAAGGCCAUCUACUCCGACCCUUUUAACACGACCGGUAAUUGGGUUGGACCAGAUGUGUGCUCAUAUACUGGUGUGUUUUGUACACCGGCGAGUGAUGACCCCAAGAUCAGAGUUGUUUCUGGUAUUGAUCUUAAUCAUGCUGACAUUGCUGGGUAUUUCCCGGCUGAGCUCGGGCUCUUGACAGAUCUUGUGCUGUUCCACAUAAACACUAACAGGUUCUGUGGAAUCAUUCCAAUGAGCAUGUCAUCCCUGACCUGUCUUGUUGAGUUUGAUAUCAGCAACAAUCGUUUCGUUGGUCCUUUCCCGAAAGUUGUUCUGUACUGGAAAAAGCUCAAGUAUCUUGAUAUCCGAUUUAAUGAUUUUGAAGGCGAGCUGCCUCCUGAGGCCUUUGAGCUGCCACUUGAUGUAUUUUUCAUCAACAACAACAGGUUCUCGUCUUGCAUUCCGGAUACAAUCGGAAAAUCAAAUGUAUCUGUUGUUGUAUUUGCUCAUAACAGGUUCUCUGGUAGCAUUCCCACAAAUCUUACCAAGAUGAAAAACUUGGCUGAGAUUCUCUUAAUUGACAAUCAACUUGGAGGUUGUCUGCCACAAGAAUUCGGAGAGCUUUGCAAUUUGACUGUAUUUGAUGUUACCUUCAACAAUCUCUCGGGAAGUUUGCCUAAGAGCUUUAAAGAGCUGAAAAAUCUUCAGAUAUUGGACCUUUCACAUAAUCAACUAAUAGGUAAUGUGUCAGAGGAGAUCUGCAAGCUACCGAAACUGUCGAAUUUCACAUUCAAUGAUAAUUAUUUCGAGGGAGUGAGUAAAGAAUGCAGUUCCGGGAAGAACUUUGUGAUGAAUGAUACAAACAACUGUUUGGCUGAUAGGCCUGAGCAGAGAAUGCCAAAUAUAUGCUCUGUGGACCGAAAUGUGGAUUGCAACGCGAUCUAUGAGAGGUGUGGCGGCUCUGUGCCACCUCCAUUCCAUACACCUGUUCCCAAGCCAGCUGCACCUACUGUGCCAUCACCUGAUCCACAUAAGCAAUCUCCAGUGAAGCCUGCAAAGCCUAUACCGCCAACCUCUGAUCCUCAACCGUCAAAACCAGUAGCUCCUCAGCCACCGAAACAAGCGCCGCUACCUCCACCACCAACAAAUCAGUGGUGGCCAUGGACACCAAAACCACCAACACAGGCACCACCUAAGCCAUCAUCUCCAAUUCCUCAGCCACCAAAACA